CUCUACUCUCGGAGACUAGAUAUUUAAUAAUAAAAAAAUAUGCAACUAUGCAUAGUAUGUUUUCUGAUUUAUCUCUUAUUAUAUAUAUUAGAUUUGCUAGUAAACCUGCUAGUCUCUGGAUUACACUUUAUAUUUUAUUUUAUAUAUUGGUUGUAUUUAUAAAUUCUCCCUUAAUGGAGGGAUUUAUAGUUAACUUUCCUAUUGUUAGUUCAAAUAUUUGAGGGGAGGAUGGUUUAGAUCCAUCUUUUUUAAAUAUGAAUUCUGGGAAUAGUUCAGGGAGCAAUCCUGGAGGCUAUCCAAACACAGGAGGUGGCAAUUAUCCUGGGGGCCCGGGGGGAAACCCGGGUGGAGGUCAUCAUGUUCUUGCUGCAGGAAUUCCAAUUCUGGACCUCCUUUAGGAGAUAA